AUGUCUAGGAUUCUCUUCACAAACCGCGACGAGUUUCUUGACAGGCCUACUCAAGAUGCCCAUUUUCAUUCAUUCGGGGACGAGUCCAAUCCAGACAGCUCGGCGCAAAUCCUAUCAGGUCGCGAUGUUCAGGCUGGUGGAUCAUGGUUUGGAAUCAAUCGGUCCGGCAGAGUUGCCUUGUUGACUAAUAUUACUGAACCCGCGAAGACUUACAAUACGUCUAGGGGCUACUUGGUUUCCUCCUUCCUACUGUCUGAUUCGUCUCAUCCGUUACAAGAUGAAAUUGGGAAGAUAAUACCGGAGGAUGCUCUAUUCGCCGGGUUUAAUCUUCUCCUCUUGGCACCUACUUUGAACGAGAAUGGUACUAUUCGAUACGAUUCCCUCUUCGUUACGAACCAUGGCGGAGGCGGAACUCUUACGUCCCGGCCCCUUCAUCCCAACGAACUUUCGUCUGGAGCUAUGUCGAAUGGGAUAGAUGGAGAAGGCGCAGAGCUCUGGCCCAAAGUGCGACAUGCCACCGAAGAUUUUAAUGCUACCCUCCAUACUCUAGCUCCAGGCCAAUCAGAGUCCGAACUCACAGAACAUCUUUUUGAGUUACUUGCGUGGGUACUUCUCUUUUCCAAAUCUCUUUCCGAGAUCUUGUCUGAGAAAUUUCUGACAUACUGA